AUGGCUCUGCUGAAGAUUCUGCUGCUGCUGCAGGGGCUGGGUGUUUCAAUGAACUCACAUGUUUCUCUGCACAAGAGAAUCAUUGGAGGUCAAAACUGUGAUGACAGGGAGCGUCUUUAUCAUGUUCGGCUGGAGGGCGAUAAUGGUACUCAUAUGAGCUUGUGUGGAGGAUCUCUGAUCCACCCUGAGUGGAUCCUGACUGUAGCUCACUGCUGGAAGUCGGAGCCAGGAUGGACUACCACAGCAAAGUUAGGAGUUCAUCCACGGACUGCUACAAAGCAGAAACAGAUAAUCCAACACAAUCCUGUGAUUUAUGUUGACCAAUGGCAUCAGCAGCAUGACAUCAUGUUGCUGAAGCUUCAGAGACCAGUAAGAAAUAUCCAUCCUGCUCAGCUACCAAGAUGCAAUAAUCGUCUUAGAAUUGGUGCUACAGUUCAGCUGGCAGGAGAGGGACUAAUGACAACCAGCCCCAAUAAUUCACUCUCAUUCGGUGCUUCUCUUCCACCACAUCUACAGUGUGUUGACAUGAGAGUUGUUGCUGUUUUCGCCAUGCCGACACGUGAGCAUGUGUUCUUUGUUGAAGCACUGAACAAGGAUUUAGGUGUUGGUGACUCUGGUGGAGGAGUGAGCUUCAAAAAGAAAAUUUAUGGCGUGAUUUCUGAAAUGGGAGAAGACUUUGCAUGUCAGACACCAGCUUUAAUCAUGGAUGUGUGUGAAUACAUGGUGUGGAUAAACAAAACAAUUAGGCUUAAGCCACAACCAUGACUAGGACUUUGCUACAAACAGCUAAAGCAGCAUAGCUCACAUAGACAUUAGCUCCCAGUAGCAGAUAAGUAUUAGGACAGUAUCAAACUACCAGAGAUAUAAAACGUAAUCUGAAAUUAUUUAUAAUUACUCGAUGUCUCAUUAUAAUCAAAGAGCAAAGCCUGCAGGUUUAAAUUCUACUUACUUCUGAGAAGAGACCACCGGGAAUGCUCCAUCUUGUUGAAAUAUUAGAUGGAUCAUGAUUGUUUUGAGUAGGCCUCAGGUUAGGUUAGAUUUAGACUCAUGGUUUAAUCAAUACAUAA